AAAUUGUAGAUAAAUGUGACUGAUACUACCUCAAUUGAGGUUGUAAUACAGUCAUGGUGACUCCAAAACGCUUGACAUUGCAAUGGGAAUUGUGGUUGCCAACUGUUUUUUAUAAGCUUGACUCGUAUAAUUAGGGAUUUUCAGUGCACAAUCUCUUCAUAUUUGAUUAUUUGGUUGCCCCUUGUUGCCUGUUUAUGGCAUGGUGCCUCCGUUCUUUUGGCUGUGUUAUUGAAUCUGUUCAAUCUGCUCGAGUGCCUUUUUGCACCGUAGUAAAUAACUGAUUGGUUUUAAAAAUGACUUUUGCUUCAUAUUGUAUUCUUCAGAUAACUCCUUGUUUGGUUGGGGACUUUGCAUUGGCAUCAUGUGUAUGAUGUCAGCUGGAAAAGCUGAGAUCAAUAAGCUGAACAAGACCGUGGACGAGACAGCUAAACUUGUUCAGGAACUGAAAGCUGAGAUCAACAGAAGAAAAUCGUCACGCGGUCUUCAAAAUUUAGAUUCUGUUGGCAAUGAUGUGAAGGGCUCUCGCAAAAUCAGUGGCAAGAAUGAAGUAACGCUCAAGAAUACAGUCAGUGAGAUCAGAAACACUGAUGUCAUUAUUUGGAGUCCUGGUGUAAAUGAUUGCGGUGAAUGUGGAAGUAGUGCUCUUACUGAAGAACCAGAACCACAGGUUCUGGAAAUGGAUCAACUGGAAGCAGAGCUUGAGCUUGAACUCCAAAAGCUUUCUGGGUGUACUACUGAUGGCCCUUGCCAUGAAAAAACAAAGCCAAACUUAGAUGAGAUUGAAGCUCCAGAUGAAGGCUGUCAUUUAACAGAUGACUGGAAUUUAAGUUAUUCUAAUUCUCAUGGAGUGUCAGCAUCUGAACUGCAUCAGAAACUAAGCCACUUGCUAAUAAAACAGCAAGAAAAUCAGAUCAUGGAGCUAGAAUCUGAACUGCAGCAAGCUCAAUCAAAUCUGCAUGAGAAGGAAGCUGAACUUCAGGAACUAAAGGACCGUGUCAAACGCCUUACUGAACUCUCACUUUCCACGAUUUCAGAUGAAGAAACUCAGGUUCUCACUGAUCCAAAGGGAACAAGUGAUUAUGGCAACAAUUACAUAGACUCCGAGUUGAAACAUUCAGUAGUUGGGACGAAAAGACCUAUUGAUUUUGAAUCUUGCUUGUGUUACAUGUGAAACGACACUGAUCUCUGGGGGAACAACUACACAAGGGUAGAUAGUAGAUUAGUUGACAACUCCCUUCCACAGUACUAUAACCUAAUUAUCGUGCCUUAAGUGGUAUAUGCAUAAAUUAUUUAGGUAUAUAUAAUUAUAAAAUUUAUCAACUCGGUACUCGGAUACCGAUAUGUAACAUAUUCCAUAAUAUCAAGUUCAAGUUCUUCCGUAUUCAUUUUUAAUACGUGUACUAGCAGUGCAGCCCAUGUUAGUGCUUUUCUAUUAACUAACUAUGAACAUGAGAUUUUUAUUUUUUUUAUAUUAUACUAACAGAUCUGAUUAUUUGA